AUGAGACUUGACGCAAGUCAACCGCAAGCAAUGUCAAGCGCCGAGCAGCUGGCCGCCGAAUUCGAGCAGGACGGUGGACCGGAUGUGCACGAGGUCAAGGGCGAGAAGCGGACGAAGAACGAGCGCGCUGGCCACAAGCACACCAACCCCGACGACACCCGCAAGUUCGUCCAGAACGCGAUGAACGGCGAGCAGAAGCGCCACGAGGCCCCGCCCAAGAAC